ACUUGCAAUAAGACUAUAAAAAUGUGAUUUUUGUACCUUCGUUGAUGGGUAGCUUUAGUCAAAGUCAGGUUUAAUUAAUAAUCUAUAUCAAGUUCUGUCAAAUCAGCAUUCAGCGAUGUAUAAUCUGUGCUUUAUUUGUGAAAUUGUCAACUAACAAUUUUUGAGAAAAAUAAACUUUUUCUAUUUACAGUUUGUGGUUUCUUUGUAAUUUUUCAUAAAAUUAAAUAGUCAAUAUAAUUAUUUGAAGAUGGAUAAUAAUUCUGAUACUGAAUCUAGGACAUUGGAGGGUUGGACAAAGGAAGAAAAAUUCCAAUUAUUGCAAGCUUUAAACGAAUAUGGGUGUUCGGACAUAGAUCAGAUUCAAAGUUUUAUAUGUUCUAAAACUACAAAAGAAAUAAAAGACGCAAUCAAAUUUUACAAUCGGAAAGCAUUACAGAACCCUGCGGUGCUAAGUAAGAAAAAGAAACGAACAGCAAAUGCAUCUAUAGCACCUAUCGCAAGUUGGGCGAAAUUACUAACGGAUACAAAAUCGUUUGAUGAAUUAAAUACUGAAAUAGCUCUUGCAUUGCGUUUAAUUGCUGAAUUCGAAGAUAAACCGCCUGUGGUUUGUACUAAUAAAGUUGAUUUUAAAGCAGCUUACAGUUACUUGGCAAAUGCCUUGGAAGGAAAGCCAUUACCAGAAAAUAAGUUUAUCAAAGCUAUCUUUGAAAAAUGCCUCUAUGAUAUCGCCGUUGCAAGUAAAUCUUUUCUAAAACCUCAGACACUCAAAAAACUAAUUAAAGAUAUGAAUUUAUUUGAUCAAGGGAUAAAAAUUAAUUCACAAGCUUCCAAUAGUACUGAGUUUACAACUAUUAAAUACUUGGCUAAUCAAGGGCAGUAUAAUCCACUAAAUAUUGAGGAGCAGUAUUUAAAAUCAUUACAUAGUUCUUCGUGAUUAUUAUUGGUAAAUAAACUUAUAAAAAUAUGAUUGUUCUGAUCUAUUUAUUGUAAAACACAGGAAAUAGUUAUUUCUUUAACCGGCUUAAAAAAAAGGAGGAAGUUAUCAAUUCGGCCGGUAUAUUUUUUGUAUUCAAAUUAAUAAUUAGAUGUGAUAUUGCAGAACAUGCAUAUUAUAAAAUAGUAUAAGCUAUAAGUAAUUUGUGAUAGUAGGUAAUUUAAGAAAAUUAAAUAUAAUGUAUUAACCAA